AUGCCAAUGAAUUUGAUGAUUGUGGAAAGUGUUGAGCCGGUCGAUAUGGGAUCGGACAAUGAGAACGACAACGAUAGCGAGUUGACCACAGAGCAGGUACCGUUGGUAUCUGCCAGUCGACGCAAUCUGGCCAAAAUAGUUGCCGAUUGUCGCCUCCAAAUCGAAAUGGAUCCCGCUGCAGCAACACCGGUGACUACUGCAGCAGCAGCAGCAGCAGCAACAGCCACAUCGGAUGCGGCAGUUGCCACAGAAAUUGAGGCAACCAGCGAUACCCCCUCGUCGUCAUCUUCCAGCUCCAGCUCCAGCUCCAGCUCCACAUCCUCAGAAUGUACGCACACAUCACAGACAACGAUACCAAGUACGGAUAAUCUAACGUCAUCCAAUGGUCUGGCCAAUAUGGGCAAAAGCAUUUUAGUUGAUGCCAAAAG